AAAAUCACACUUGGAAAGACAAGCCAAUCAUUUAGUACCACACUUGGGGAUGCAUCAGAACUGAAGACGGGAUCAAUGAAAGUUAUUCACAAGUCAGCCUCGGCCAAUAACGAUGGAUUUUUUAUGAGACCUCAAGAUAUAAGCUCUAAGGGUUUUAAGUGCUUCUUAGUCCUUGACUAG